AAAUUGAUUCUAUAAACGCUAUUGACAUGGAAGCUUUGCUCAUAAGCAAGCAACGGACCAGGUCACUGAAUGCGGUUAGCAAACCGGCCAAGCCAGAGUAUGCACGUGAUGAAUAGAAUGGUGCGGUUCAGUUCUCCAAGGUGAUUGUAUCUUCAAUGUGAUUAAGAAAGAACACAGCGAUCAUGUUUUUCAUCAUACGGAAAAGAGAGAGUAUGCAAAGAGCGGCACUUACCAAGAACACAACAGGUAAGACAUCACAGAGGGUAACGAGAAACUAUAAUGAACACAUCAGCGCAUGUCCACAAGACAACGACAUCCGCAGAGGAUAAUAGAACAAGUCCAUCAGGUUUCAGCCUCAUUAAAUCAGAUUUGGUUAAGUGAUCAGUAUGACGGACGCUCGUUACAACGCCGCCACUCACACAGUGUGAAUAUCAAGAAUCAUCAUUGCAAUGAUGGACCGUCUUUCUGGAAGGAGAAAUUCCCAUACCUGUGGUCUGUUAGAGAACGUCCACAAAUGCGCAUCGCAAAAUACGUGUAGAGUGUGAGGGCAAUCAGUGAUGCUUGUAUCAACAAGUAAUGCCUCUCCCAAACACCCACAGGUUUGUACGCCUGCUUUUGAUGGAUGCCCAGUCGAGGUAUACGUUAUGUCCGCCCGACGCAUCAAAGGGUUUCAUCAGGAAGCGGGUGUGCGUGGAAUGCAUAGGGUUUGUGAGGGUAUGUACCU